UAAAAAGACAAUAAAAUUGCGUAAUUAUUUAUUAAAAUAAAUGGAAGCAUGGCACAAAUAUCAAACUGAUAUUUUAAGAUUGUAGAUUUAAAUCUGUCGACUUCAGUCGACAUUAAACUUAAAUACUUGAGUUUCAAAGAAUCUAUGUCCCCCUACUUGGUGCUACAAAAUAAAAAUCCUCAACUGAUUUUUAAUUAUUCUUUAGUUUGCUCUCGAAGUAUCAAGACUGAAAUAAAGUACAUACAGGCUUUUUAUAUUAAUUUAAAUAGACUUUAAAUUUAACAAUCAUAUUAUUAGCAUCAACAAUCCAAAUAUAAAAGAAAUAAACAUGAAGUUCAUCAUUUUGUGUCUACUGCUCGUAGAAUUAUGCUUUGCUACGACAUUUUUCGACUUGGCUAAAGAAGAAUGGAAUGAAUUUAAGGCAACUCAUGGAAAGACUUAUGAAGAUCCAUCAGAGGAAAAACUUCGCCUCAAAAUUUACAUUGAUAACCGUCACAAGAUUGCAAAGCACAAUACACGCUUUUAUGCCAAUGAAGUGCCAUAUAAACUAAAGCUUAACAAAUAUGCUGAUAUGUUACAUUCUGAAUUCGUAAGAACAUUCAACGGAUUUAAUCGCUCAACAGCAGUCAGUUCUAAUUCAGUCUACAAAAACUUUGCUAAAAUUGAAGAACCAGUGACAUUUAUUGGCGCAGAAAAUGUUGUUUUACCAACAUCAGUUGAUUGGAGACCAAAAGGCGCUGUAACUCCUAUUAAAGAUCAAGGACAUUGUGGAAGUUGCUGGAGUUUCAGUGCAACUGGUGCAUUAGAAGGUCAGCAUUUCCGUAAGACUGGACAACUUGUUUCACUUUCCGAACAAAACUUAGUCGAUUGCUCAGGAUCAUAUGGCAAUAAUGGAUGCAACGGAGGUCUUAUGGAUAAUGCAUUCCAAUAUAUUAAAGAUAAUGGUGGUAUUGAUACUGAAUCAACAUAUCCAUAUGAAGGAAUUGAUGACACAUGCCACUUUGUUAAGAAAAAUGUUGGAGCUACAGAUAAAGGAUUUGUCGAUAUUCCACAAGGCGAUGAGGAAGCAAUGAAGAAAGCCGUUGCAACAAUCGGUCCAGUUUCAGUUGCUAUUGAUGCAUCACACGAAUCAUUCCAAUUCUAUUCUGAGGGCGUUUAUUAUGAACCACAAUGUGAUAGCGAACAAUUAGAUCACGGAGUUUUAGUUGUUGGAUAUGGAACUGAUGAAACAACCAAGGAAGAUUACUGGGUUGUCAAAAAUAGCUGGGGAACAAGCUGGGGUGAUAAGGGAUACAUCAGAAUGGCACGUAAUAGAAAGAAUCAUUGUGGAAUUGCCACUGCAUCAAGCUAUCCAUUAGUUUAAGCAAGAAAUCAUUUUUCGAGUCAUAUAAUUUGAUUUUUAAUUAACUGAUUUUUGUGUGAUUUUUAUUAGAUAUUCUCUCUUGAUUUUUAUAUUCUUCUCAUUCCUAUUUCUUUUCUUUAUAUUGAUUAUAAGAAAUAUAAUUCUUAGAUUACCAAAAUAAAUGAAUAAUAAAUCGACAAAUG